CGACUGAAAUUGAAGAAUGGCUGCAACUCAUGUUUCAAGGAAUUGUAAUGCUUUCCGGGUUCUUUUCAGCUCUUACUUCCACAGAGAUCUCCGCCGUCGGAUGGCCACUAUGCCCACCGGCAGAGCCGCAGAUCCCGCCGUUCAUUCCGUGGAACCAGAAGUAAUUGAGGCAGUUGACGCGAUAAAGGAACAUGGGUUAAACCCAAAAGGCAGUGAAACAGAGUACCAACCUUCCGGCGGCGGCGGUUCAGUUCCUUUAUCCCCGUCAAAGCCACCUCUCCCGUCGUCUCCUAAGCUGGAGAGCGUUGGUGUGAAUACGCCCUGCAAUCCUACCACCCAGCAAAAACGUCGAUUUCAGGCAGAGAAAGCGAUCUGUGCUAGCUUAGAGUUGCCGGAGGAGAGGAAAGAAGAGAGGAGGAAGCAGAGGAAAGAGCAGGAAGAGGAUGACAAGAAGUAUUUCGAGAGCCGCAAGGCAUCUCCGUUGUCGGAGAUAGAAAUUGCUGAUACUAGAAAGCCGAUCACUCAAGCAUCUGACGGGACUGCAAACGACGGUAGCAGUGGGGAAGGGGCGGUGGUAAUGUUUAGCGAUGAGCAGAUGGAUACGGAGGUGGAUUCGUUGACGAGGGCGGCGGAGAUGUGGAACAAGGCUAGGGAGAGUGGCGACCCGGAUUCGCCACAUGGAAGGAUCCUCAGGGAGCUUCGAGGGGAAUACUAGUAGUGAAAUUAGUUUUUAAAAAAAAUAAACAAGUAGUGAA